AUGGACGGGAGCAUCACGCUGCUGCUGCUGCUCUUCCCUGUCCUCCUCGCCGUCUACCUCCGGCGCCGCAGCGUCGCACCGGCUGCGGCGAGCGCGAACCACUGUCCGCACCCAAACCGCGUCUUCGGCAACGCCGUGCCGCUCCUCCGCAACCUGCACCGCUUCCUCGACUGGGCCACGGACCAGCUCGCGGAGUCCCCGGCCUCCACCAUCGAGGUCCGCGGCCCGCUCGGCCUCGGCAGCGGCGUCGCCACUGCCAGCCCGGAGGCCGUCGACCACCUCCUGCGCGCCAACUUCCCCAACUACGUCAAGGGCGCGCGCUUCGCGGACCCCUUCGCCGACCUGCUCGGCCGCGGCAUCUUCCUCGCCGACGGCCGCCUCUGGACCCUCCAGCGCAAGCUCGCCUCCUACUCCUUCUCCUCCCGCUCGCUCCGCCGCUUCUCCGGGCGGGUGCUCCGGGAGCACCUCCAGCGGCGCCUCCUCCCGCUCCUCGACUUCGCCGCGGGCUCCGGCGUGGCCCUUGACCUGCAGGACGUGCUCCGGCGCUUCUCCUUCGACAACGUCUGCGGCGUGGCAUUCGGCGUCGAGAGCUCCACUCUGCUCGAGCUCGAGGCCGGGGAUCGCCGCAGCCGGAGGCACGAGGCGUUCUUCGCGGCGUUCGACGACGCCGUCGAGAUCUCCUUCGCGCGGAUACUCCACCCGACGACCCUGCUGUGGAGGGCGAUGAGGCUGGCCAACGUGGGGAGCGAGCGGCGGAUGCGUGAGGCCAUCGGAGUCAUCGACGAGUACGUGAUGGGGAUGCUGGAGGCAGAGCAGCCGCCGCGAGGUGCGCCGGCCGAGGACGGCGAGGGCGAGCACGAGCAGCACCUCCUUUCGCGGUUCGCGUCGGCGCUGGACGAAGAAUCCGCCAGCGGCAGCGGCAGUGAGCUCGGCGAGAUGUUCAGCUCUCCGGAGGCGAAGCGGCGGUUCCUGCGGGACGUGGUGGUGAGCUUCGUGCUAGCCGGGAAGGACAGCACAUCCACCGCGCUCACCUGGUUUUUCUGGCUCCAGGCCGCCAACCCAGGGUGCGAGCGGCGCGUGCACGAGGAGGUCACGCGCAUGCCGCACGGAGACGACGCCGGGGAAUACGUGGAGCUGAAGGGGAUGCACUACCUGCACGCGGCGCUCACGGAGGCGAUGCGGCUGUACCCGCCGGUGCCGAUCAACACGCGCGUGGCGGUGGCUGCGGACGUGCUGCCGGACGGCACGACGGUGCGGGCCGGCUGGUUCGCGGACUACUCGGCCUACGCGAUGGGGAGGAUGCCGCGGCUGUGGGGUGACGACUGCCGCGAGUUCCGACCCGAGCGGUGGCUCGACGGUGAUCGCGGCGAGUUCGUGGCGGCGGACGCGGCGAGGUACCCGGUGUUCCAUGCGGGGCCGCGGGCGUGCCUCGGGAAGGAGAUGGCGUACGUGCAGAUGAAGGCCGUGGCGGCCGCCGUGAUCCGGAGGUUCGCGGUGGAGAUGGUGGAGACGCCGGCGAGCAUGGACGCGCCGCCGCCGUACGAGCUGGGUGCGACGCUGAGGAUGAAGGGUGGGCUCCGCGUGCGGAUCAAGAGGCGGGAGGAUCACUUUUAA